AUGAGCUCAAACUGCAACUCCUGGUCUGGCGGCACCAUGGACUUCACCAGAAACAGCGGAAGCUGGAUCUUCGCCUACCAAUCCUCCGGCGGACCUAAGAACGACGACUCCACCUCUGCGCAAAUCGACCAGCACUCCAACCAGGGUGUCUUCGACUGGCAGUUCGCCCAAGCAAAGGGCGGUUCAAGUGUAAACCCACUCGUCAACACCUCCCCAACUGGCACAACAGGCGCAACACCAACCAACUGCCGCCAGCGCCCCUCCGGCGCCGCAGGCACAGGUAACGCCAGGCCAAGCCAAACCAGCAGCAACAACGACGACGACGAUGACGACAACUACGGCCGCCCAACCUCUCGUCCUACAUCGCGCCCCAAUGGCCCCCCAGGAGACAAGCGCUCCCCCUCUCCCGACAAGGGCGGCAAGGACGACAACGACGACCUCCCCUACUGCGACACCCUCCCAAACGGCGGCGCCACAGGCGGAAACUCCGUGCAAACCAUCAGCUCUGGCGCGUCAGUCAGCCCCUCCAAGAAACGCACCAUGCUAAUCGCACACGGCGUCCUCGCCUCCCUCGCCUUCGUCAUUCUCUUUCCCUCAGGCGCCAUCGCCAUCCGCCUUGCGUCUUUCCCCGGUAUCGUGUGGCUGCACGCUGGCUUCCAGAUCUUGGCGUACAUGGUGUACAUCGCCGCAUUCGGAAUGGGUAUCUGGCUCGCGCUCCCCAUCAGCGGUGGUCACUACAUCAGCAGCUACCACGCCAUCAUCGGUAUCCUCGUUUUCUGCCUCGUCUUCUUCAUGCCUUUCCUCGGAACCCUACAUCACAUCUUGUUCAAGAAGACGCAGCGUCGCACUCUUACUUCCUACGCGCAUAUCUGGGUUGGCCGUAUCGCUAUUACCCUCGGUAUGAUCAACGGUGGAUUGGGAUUGUUGCUGGCGGAUAAUUCGCGCGAUGGUGCGAUUGCGUAUGGUGUUAUUGCGGCGGUUAUGUGGUUGGUGUGGGUUGCGGCUAUGGUUGUGGGUGAGGCGAGGAGGAAGAAGGCGGUUAGGGCGAAGAACGCGCAGAGGACGGAUAAGGUGCAGGAGGAGCGCAGGGAGAGCGAUAGGAGUACCGAGGAUGUGGAGUUGGCGGGGCAUUAUAGGCCGGCUAAGGGUCAGCAGUAA